UUCGGGGGAAGAAGACGAGAGGAGCCGCGGCCGGGUGGCGGGGGUGAGCGGGGCCGGCGGGGCUGGACAGCCGCGGGCCCGAGGCGCGCUCCGGCAGGAGCCCUCUCCACGACCCAGGAGCCCAGCGCUGCCACCGAGAUGGGCCCUCCGCGGCACCCCCAGCCCGGCGAGAUGGAAGCCGGAGGUGCGGGCGGCGGGCGGCGGCUGCAGGUGGAAAUGAGUUCUCAGCAGUUUCCUCGGUUAGGAACCCCUUCCACUGGGCUAAGCCAAGCUCCUUCACAGAUUGCAAACAGUGGUUCUGCAGGAUUGAUAAACCCAGCUGCCGCAGUCAACGAUGAAUCUAGUCGAGAGGCUGAAGUCACUGCCAGGGAGCACAUGGGUUCCAGCAGCUCCCUACAGUCCCGCGAAGAGAAGCAAGAGCCUGUUGUGGUAAGGCCCUAUCCACAGGUGCAGAUGUUGUCUACACACCAUGCUGUUGCAUCGGGCACACCCGUCACAGUGACAGCCCCACCAGCACAUCUGACGCCAGCAGUGCCACUCUCCUUUUCCGAGGGACUUAUGAAGCCGCCCCCGAAGCCCACCAUGCCUAGCCGUCCCAUUGCUCCUGCUCCACCUUCUACCUUGUCACUUCCCCCCAAGGUUCCAGGGCAGGUUACCGUUACCAUGGAGAGUAGCAUCCCUCAAGCUUCAGCCAUUCCUGUGGCAACAAUCAGUGGACAACAGGGACAUCCCAGUAACCUGCAUCACAUCAUGACCACAAAUGUACAGAUGUCUAUUAUCCGCAGCAACGCUCCUGGGCCCCCUCUUCACAUCGGAGCUUCUCAUUUACCUCGAGGAGCAGCUGCUGCUGCUGUGAUGUCCAGUUCUAAAGUAACCACAGUCCUGAGGCCGACUUCCCAGUUGCCAAACGCUGCUACGGCUCAGCCAGCAGUACAGCACAUCAUUCACCAACCAAUCCAGUCUCGUCCACCUGUGACCACCUCUAAUACCAUCCCUCCUGCUGUGGUAGCAACUGUCUCAGCCACCAGAGCUCAGUCUCCAGUUAUUACUACAACUGCAGCACAUGCUACUGAUUCAGCACUUAGCCGGCCAACUUUGUCUAUCCAGCAUCCACCGUCUGCAGCAAUUAGUAUUCAGCGUCCUGCACAGUCACGGGAUGUAACCACAAGAAUCACACUGCCAUCUCAUCCUGCGCUGGGGACGCCAAAGCAACAGCUUCAUACCAUGGCUCAGAAAACGAUCUUCAGCACUGGCACACCAGUGGCUGCAGCAACAGUAGCACCUAUUCUGGCAACCAACACCAUUCCUUCAGCUACCACGGCCGGAUCUGUGUCACACACACAAGCUCCCACGAGUACAAUUGUUACCAUGACAAUGCCCUCACAUUCAUCCCAUGCUACUGCUGUGACCACCUCAAACAUCCCAGUUGCUAAGGUGGUGCCUCAGCAGAUCACACACACUUCUCCUCGGAUCCAGCCUGAUUACCCUGCAGAGAGGAGUAGCCUGAUUCCCAUUUCAGGUCAUCGGGCCUCUCCAAAUCCUGUGGCCAUGGAAACCCGAAGUGAUAAUAGACCGUCUGUUCCUGUUCAGUUCCAGUACUUUUUGCCAACAUACCCACCUUCUGCAUAUCCACUGGCUGCACACACAUACACCCCAAUCACCAGCUCCGUGUCCACCAUCCGACAGUAUCCAGUUUCUGCUCAGGCUCCAAAUUCUGCCAUCACAGCUCAAACUGGCGUUGGGGUGGCUUCCACAGUCCACCUAAACCCCAUGCAGUUGAUGACCGUGGAUACUUCUCAUGCUCGACAUAUCCAAGGGAUCCAGCCAGCACCCAUCAGUACACAGGGGAUACAGCCAGCCCCCAUUGGGACUCCAGGAAUACAGCCAGCACCAAUGGGCACACAGGGAAUCCACUCAGCAACCCCAGUCAGCACACAGGGACUUCAGCCUGCACCAAUGGGUACUCAGCAGCCUCAGCCUGAAGGAAAGACUUCAGCAGUGGUGUUGGCAGACGGAGCCACAAUUGUGGCCAACCCUAUUAGCAAUCCAUUCAGCGCUGCUCCCGCAGCAACAACAGUGGUGCAGACCCACAGCCAGAGUGCUGGCACCAACGCUCCAGCCCAGGGCUCAUCCCCCCGGCCAAGUAUCCUCCGGAAGAAACCCGCCACGGAUGGAAUGGCAGUUCGGAAAACCCUCAUUCCUCCUCAGCCUCCUGAAGUGGCUAGCCCUCGAGUGGAGAGCUCUAUGCGAAGUACGUCCGGGUCACCUAGGCCUGCAGGUGCCAAGCCUAAGUCAGAGAUCCACGUAUCGAUGGCCACUCCAGUUACUGUGUCCAUGGAAACUGUGUCCAGUCAAAAUAAUGAUCAGCCCACCAUUGCAGUCCCUCCCACGGCUCAGCAGCCUCCACCGACCAUCCCAACCAUGAUCGCAGCCGCAAGCCCCCCAUCACAGCCAGCUGUCGCCCUCUCAACCAUUCCGGGAGCGGUCCCCGUCACUCCCCCCGUCACUACCAUUGCGGCUGCCCCUCCGCCAUCAGCUGCUGUAGCUGGCAGUCUCUCUUCUGUGUUGGGCACUCCGGUACCUGAGAUAAAAGUUAAAGAGGAAGUGGAACCAAUGGACAUCAUGAGGCCGGUCUCUGCAGUUCCUCCCCUGGCUACCAGCACUGUGUCUCCAUCUCUUGCGUUGCUGGCUAACAACCUGUCCAUGCCUACAAGUGACCUACCACCUGGUGCCUCCCCAAGGAAGAAGCCUCGAAAGCAACAGCACGUGAUUUCAACAGAAGAAGGGGAUAUGAUGGAGACAAACAGCACUGAUGAUGAGAAGUCCACGGCCAAGAGUCUUUUGGUCAAGUCUGAGAAACGCAAGUCUCCACCCAAGGAGUAUAUUGAUGAAGAAGGUGUGAGGUAUGUCCCAGUGCGUCCAAGACCUCCCAUUACUUUGCUCCGUCACUAUCGGAACCCCUGGAAGGCUGCUUACCACCACUUUCAGCGGUACAGUGAUGUCCGGGUUAAAGAGAGACACAGCGAGAGAGGGAACACAAGCAAGGGGAGUGGGAGAGGGAGAAGCAGGCUUCCCGCGGAGCAGGGAUCCUGAUGCGGAGCUCGAUCCCAGGACCUUGGGAUCAUGACCUGAGCCGAAGGCAGACGCUUAACGACUGAGCAGCCCAGGCGCCCCAGAGAAUUACAUUUUAAUAAACCCACAUAUAGUAAAAAUAGCUGAUCGUACUUUGCAAAUAUCUACAAAUAUUUCUACUGAUAGGCUUUAAGCAUCAUUAAUCUCAAAUGUAAUUGCACAGAGAAGUGUAAGUUUUCAGAGAAUUGGUCACAUUCCCCACUCCCUCGCAUAAAUUCUACUUGGAAAUUUCUCUGAGGGUUUCCUUGAAGCCUCAAGAUGACUCAGAGUUGGAUGGUAUUGUCUAAUGUCUGCAAGGGGGGGUGAGGGUUCUGACAAUUUAGUCUCUGAAUGGAAGUACCAAGGUGGCUGCCCUUGCAGUGGUUCUUCCUCAUGAAAUACCUUGAGCUCUGAAAACAAGCUAGAUUUCCAAAGGUCAGGGAGUGGUGGCCUUUAAUGGAAGAAGGACAUGGGCUACUAAACGUCUCUUUAGAAGAAUUCACAAGAAUUCCAUAUCAUACCAGGAAAGUGUUUUAAAGUAUUGCCUGGUAACAUUUUAAGCCAUUCUGAAAGAUUGUUACAGCCUUCUGGGACUCAUUCUUCAAAAACUAUCUCAAGAAAGGUAAUAUGACAGCUGAAAGUAUUGAUACAAAUAGGCUCUUGAUUAUUAGACUUUAUGUUUUGUGUGUUAAAGAUUUUAUUUAUUUGACAGAGGGAGACACAGCGAGAGAGAGGGAACACAAGCAGGGGGAGGGAGAGGGAGAAGCAGGCUUCCCGCCAAGCAGGGAACCCAAUGUGGGGCUCGAUCCCGGGACCCUGGGAUCAUGACCUGAGCUGAAGGCAGACGUUUAACGACUGAGCCACCCAGGUGCCCCGACUAUUAAACUUUAUUGAUCUGCUUUGCCCAAGCUUUAAAAUCAUGUUCAUAUAAAUCAAGAUGGAAUAGUAAAAAUUGGUCAGGUAAUUUCAUAAGAAGGAAAGAAAAGAGAAACGGAAGAACAAAAAAUGCAGGAAGUAAACAGAAAGCAAAUAAUAAUAUGGCAAACUUAGCUUUACAUAUCAGUAAUUACCUUAAAUAGUCUGAACAUACCAAUUAAAACACCAGUUGGCAGAGUGGAUCCACAAAAUGAUCCAGCUCCAUUCUGUCUUUAAGAAACUCACUUCAGAUUCAGUGACAAGUGGAUUGACAGUAACAGGAUGGAAAUAAUACAUAGAAUGCAAAAAUAAAGCAAGAGUGGCUGUGUUAAUGUCAAAUCAGGUAGACUUCAGAGGAGAGAAAAUUACUAGAGACAAAGAAGGACAUACUAAUAAAGUACUGAACAGAAAUGAAGAGCUUCAGAAUAUAUGAAGCAAGAAUAGGACAGCUAAAAGGAGAAGUAGGCAAAUGAGCAGUGGUAGAACUUCAACACCCUGCUCUCAGCAACUAGUAAAACUACUUGACAAAAAAUCAGCAAGGACUACACACCACCACAUCUAACAGACCUUUAAUACACUUCCAACAGCAGCAGAAUGCAUGUUGUAUCAGGUGCCUACAAAACAUAGAUAAAUCAUAUCCUGGAUCAUAAAAUAUAAACUUCAACAAAUUUAAAAGAAUUGAAAUCAUACAGGGCAUCUUCAUUGACCAGAAUGGAAUCAAACUAAAAACCAGUAAGAGAAAGAUAACAGAAAAUUCCUUGAACACACAAACUGCCAAAACUCAACCAGAAGCAAAUAGACAUUCUGGUUAGUCAUAACCAAUCAAUAAGUUGUACCCAUAGUUUUGAAGCUUCCAAACAGAAAUCUCUAUUUUCAGAUACUUUAACUGGGAAAUUCCACUAAACUUUUUUUUUUUUUUUUUAAGAUUUUAUUUAUUUAUUUGAGAAAGAGAGAGAGAGAAUGAGAGAGAGCACAUGAGAGGGAGGAGGAUCAGAGGGAGAAGCAGGCUCCCCGCCGAGCAGGGAGCCCAAUGCGGGACUCGAUCCUGGGACUCCAGGAUCAUGACCUGAGCCAAAGGCAGUCGCUUAACCAACUGAGCCACCCAGGCGCCCUCCACUAAACUUUUAAAGAGGAAUCAACACCAGUUUCUAUAAUCUCUUCUAAAAUAUAGGAGGAAGCAUUUCCAUAUUAAUUUUAUGAAGCCAGUAUUUUCCUGACACAAAAAUCAGACAAGGAGAGUACAAAUAUAGAAAACUAAUUAUCAGUAUUCUUCAUGAAUAUAGAUGCAAAAAUCUUUAACAAAAUGUUAGUAAAUUAAAUACAGCAACAUAUAAAUAGCAUUUUAUACCUUGAUUGAGUGGGGUUUGUACCAGUUAUGCAAGGCUGGGUCAUCAUUUGAAAAUCAGUGAUUCACCAUUAUUAACAAGCUGUAUUAAUUUCCUAGGGCUGCUAUAACAGAGUACCACAAACUCAAUGGUCUAAAAUUACACAUUUAUUCUCUCAGAGUUCUGGAGGCUAGACAUCCAAAAUCAAGGUGUCAGCAGAAUCAUGCUCUCUCUGAGGGCUGUAGAAGAGAAUCCUUCCUUGCCUCAUUUUAGCUUCUGCUGAUUGCCAGCAAUCCUUCGUAUUAUUUGGCUUGUCACUACAUCAUUCCAGUUUCUGCCUCUAUCUUCACAUAGCGUUCUUUUCUGUGUCUUAUCUCUUUCUUUGUCUCUUUACAAGGACAUCUGUCAUUGAUUUAGGGCCUCCUCUAAUUCAGUAAGACUUCUUCUUGACUCGAUUACAUCUGCAAAGGCCCUUUUCCCAAAUAAGGUCACCUCUAUAGGUACAAGGGUUAGGACUUCAACAUGUCUUUUGAGGGGACACAGUUCAACCCAUAGCAAAAGCUAAAGAAGAAAAAUAAACAUAAUCAUAUCAACUGAUGCAGAAAAAUUAUUUGACAAAAUUCAGUACUUUUUCGGGCGCCUGGGUGGCUCAGAUGGUUAAGCGUCUGCCUUUGGCUCAGGUCAUGAUCCCAGGGUCCUGGGAUCGAGUCCCGCAUCGGGCUCCCUGCUCCUUGGGAGCCUGCUUCUCCCUCUGCCUCUCUCUCUCUCUGUCUCUCAUGAAUAAAUAAAUAAAAUCUUUAAAAAAAAAAAAAAUUCAAUACUUUUUCAUAAUCUCUCAAAAACAGGGAAAGAAGACUUCCUUAACUUGAUAAAAAGUCUGCAACACACCUACAACUAACAUUAUAUUUAACAGUGGAAGACCGAAUGCUUUCUACCUGAGAUUAGCCAAAAGACUAGGCUGUCCUCUGAUCUCUCUCUCACUACUCUUACUCAGCGUUAGUACUGGAAGUUCUAGACACCACGUUAAGUCAAGAAAGAGAUAAAGGACUAUAUGGGUUGGGAAGGAAUAAAUAAAACUGUCUCUAUUUGCAAAUGACAUCACUGUCUACAUACAAAUCUCCAGGAUUCCACAAAAAAAAAAAAAAAAAAAAAACUCCUGGAACUAGUAAACGAGUUCAGCAAGGUCACAGGAUACGAUGUCAGCACACAAAAAUCAAUUUUAAUUUUAGAUAUUUGGAAUGAACUUGUGCAAACUGAUAUUGAAAACAUAAUGGCAUUUGCAGUUGAUCCUCCAGAAAUGACCUAUUUAGGUAUAAAUCUAGCAAAACAUUACAGGAUGUGUUUGCUAUAAACUACAAAAUGCUGAUAAAAGAGAUCUGAAUAAAUGAAAAGACAUGCAAUGUUCAAGGAUUUGAAACUCAACAUAAAGAUGUAAGUUUUCCCUAGAUUGAUCAAUAGGUUUAAUACAGUUCUACCAGACUCACAGAAAGGUUUUUGUAGACACAGUAAAUCUUAUUUUAAACUUUAUAUAGAAAGUAGAAUAGUUAAAAUAACCUUGAAAAACAAGAGAAAUCAUUUUUUCUGAUAUUAAAGCAUAGUUUAUCUACAGUAGUUUAAACAGGGUGGUAUUUGCAGAAGGAUAUACAUAUAAAUGGAGUGGAAUGGAAAAUGCAGAAAUAGACCCAGACAAAUAUGCUUAACUGAUUUUUGACCCAAUGAAAAAAAAAAAUUCAGUGGAGGAAGGAGAGUCUUAUUUUCAACAGAUGGUGCUGGAAAUCCAUAAGUUUAAAAAAAGAGAGAGAGCCAAAGACCCUAACUUAAUCCUCACACCUUAUACAGAAGAUAACUUAAAAUGGAUAAUAGAGGGGUGCCUGGGUGGCUCAGUCGUUAAGCGUCUGCCUUCAGUUCAGGUCAUGAUCCCAGGGUCCCGGGAUCGAGCCCCACAUUGGGUUCCCUGCUUGGCGGGAAGCCUGCUUCUCUCUCUCCCACUCCCCCUGCUUGUGUUCCUGCUCUCGCUAUCUCUCUCUGUCAAAUAAAUAAAUAAAAUCUUUAAAACGGAUAAUAGAUUUAAAUAUGAAAUGUGAAACUACUAAACUUUUAGAAGAAAACCCAAGAUAAAGUCUUCACGACCUAGGGCAUGGUGAACAUUUCCUAGACAUGACACCAAAAACACUGUCCACAAAAGGAAAGGAAAAUAAACUGGACUUAAUAAAAACUUUUUAUCUCUGAAAGAUCCUGUUAGGAAGAUGGAAAGACAAACUAUAGACUGGGAGAAAGUAUUACCAAACCACAUAUCUCAUAAAGGGCUCAUAUCUAGAAUAUAUGUAUUAGGAACUUUCAAUACUUAACAGUAAAUAAAAACCAUAAUCCAAUUAGAAAAGGGACAAAAAGGCAUGAAGAGACAUUUCACCAAAGAGGAUAACUUGGAUGACAUGCACAAGAAGAUGUUCAAGGGAAUAGAAAUUUCCAGGCCUUAAGUGUGGUCUGCACAUAGACUUUCUUACAGAGUUUAAUUUGAUGGGUGAAGGAGUAACUUUAUAAUGUAUAUACCUGACAAAACACCACCUCAGCCAGGUGCUCAAGGUCAAUAUGAAUAGUGAAAGAUCAUGUUUAAUAGUAUACCCUUCUGUUCAAACUUAAGCAACUGUCAGUAUACACUGCUAUGUGUGUAAGGUGUUUUAUAUAUAAACCUGCUAAUAACUACAAAUCAAGAACUGGUAAUAGAUACGCAAUAAAUAAAGAGAAAGUAAUCCAAGUAUAUCACUAAAGAAAGCCAGCAAACCAUGAGAGAAGAGAGCAAGAGAAGAAAGCAACAGAGAAAAACCACAAAAACAACCAUAAAACAAGUAACAGCAGGUACCUGGGUGGCUAAGUCGGCUGAGCAUGAAACUCUUGAUUUUGGCUCAGGUCAUGAUCUCAGGGUCAUGAGAUCAAGCCUUUGUGCGAUUCUUCUUCCUCUGCCCCUCCUUUCCCACCACCCUCCUCAUGUGCAUGCUUUCGCUCUCUGGGAAAAAAAAUAAGCUAACAAAAUGGCAAAUUGAUACCUAUCAGUAAUUACUUUGAAUGUAAAUGGACUAAACAUUCCAACCAAAAGACAGAGGAUAACAGAAUGGAUAAAAAAGCAAAACCUAGGGAUGCCUGGGUGGCUCAGUCAGUUAAGCAUCUGCCUUUGGCUCAGGUCAUGAUCCCAGGACCCUGGGAUCAAGUCCCACAUCAGGCUCCUUGCUCAGCCAGAAGCCUGCUUCUCCCUCUCCCUCUGCUGCUCCCCCUGCUGUGCGCGCUCUCUCUCUGACAAAUAAAUAAACAAAAUCUUUAUAAAAAAAAAAAAAAAGCAAGACCAUCUGUAUGCUGCCUACAAGAGACUCAUUUCAAACCUAAAGACACAUGUAGAUGGAAGGUGAAGGGAUGGAAAGACAUUUAUCAUGCAAAUGGAAGUGAAAAGAAAGGCAGAGUAGCAAUAUUUAUAUCAGGCAAAAUAGACUUUAAAACUAAGACUGUAACAAAGAGACAAAGAAGGACACUAUAUAAUCAUAAAGGGAGCAAUCCAACAAGAAGAUGUAACAAUUGUAAAUAUUUAUGCACCCUACAUGGGAGCAUGCAAAUACAUAAAGCAGCUAAUAACAAACAAAAGAAAUAGUCAAUAGUAAUACAAUAGUAGUAGAGGACUUUAACACCCCACUUACAUCAAUGGAUAAAUCAUCCAAACAGAAAAUCAAGGAAACAGUGGCUUUGAAUGACACAGUGGACCAAACGUAUCUAA